GAUGGGGGGCUCCGGCGCUGCGCCUUUGGCCUUUGGGGGGCUCCUGCUGGGGAUGGGGGCGCUGGUGGUCUCCGCUUCGGAGGGGCUGGGCGUGGAGGCGCCUCCAGAGCAUUUCCUGCACCAGAAGAGGGCCGAGUGCCGCUUCUUCAAUGGGACGCAGCGGAUCCGCUUCCUACAUAGCUACUUCUUCAGCCAGCAGGAGCUCUACUACUUUGACAGCGACCGAGAGAAGUUCGUGGCAGUGGCUGAACUGGGGGAGCCCGAAGCCAAGCGAUUUAACCAGGACAAGGACCUCCUGCGGGGCCAGAUGGCCUACGUGGAUUCCUUCUGCCGGCGCAACUACAGGAUCCUCAAUCCCUUCUCCCAGUCCCGGGGCAUCCAGCCCAAGGUGAAGAUCACCCCCACAGACAACGUUGAAUCUUCACCACACAACACUCUGCUGAUUUGCACUGUGGGCAGCUUCUUCCCUGCGGGGAUCGAGAUCAGGUGGUUCAGGAACGGGAAGGAGGAGCCCAAAGUGUGGACCACGGACCUCAUCCGGAACGGGGACUGGACCUUCCAUAUUGAGGUGAUGCUGGAGACAAAGCCAGAACGUGGAGACGUCUACACCUGCCAGGUGGAGCAUGCCAGCUUCGAAGGCCCCGUCACAGUGCAAUGGGAGCCACAGUCGGACUCUGCCAGGAGCAAGAUGUGGACGGGGAUUGUGGGUAUUGUGCUGGGGCUGGUCUUUGGGGCCACUGGACUCGCCCUUUACCUGAAAAAGAAGAAAGGUCAAGCUGUUCCUCAGCCUGCAGGACUCAUCAGUUAGACUUCGCUGCUCCAUCAGGAUCCUGGGAUGUGGAGAAGCUCUGUUCUUCCUGCCAGUUGCCCUCAGUCCAUGCUCAGAGGGUGGAAACCUCCUUGGAAGGUGGAUGGAAGGAGUCACACAUCAAGAACGACAGUGUCCCCCCUCCCCCACCUCUGUUGCUUGCUUGUCAUUUGGGGAAAGUUUAUUUUUCUGUUUCCCUUUCCGCUUGUGGAUUGCAAGUUAUCUCAACCUGAUUCCUUCUUUGCACCUCUCUGCUAGAGAAUUUGUGCCUUGAAUCUCCCUGGAGGAGCCUGAGCUGUCCCUGAAAA